AUUUGUUGACGUAAAACUGACGUGAAGCCCCAGUUUACUGCAGUGCUCGUUUGUGGAAGUCUGCUCAGCCUGGUGUGAAAGCAAACAUCUAGCUAGCUGCCGAAGUCUUCCAUCUUGUCAGCGUCCGCUUUUCGGGUUGUCAUCGAAACACGUGUUGGCAGCUAGCACGCUAUGAAGAUGAAGAAGCGACCAAACAUUCUGUUAACAGGAACCCCUGGUGUUGGAAAGACCACUUUAGGAAAGGAGCUGGCCCAGCGGACAGGGCUGACCUAUGUUAACAUAGGAGACCUGGCCCAGGAAGGACAACUUUAUGAUGGCUAUGACGAAGAGUACCAGUGCCCGGUUUUGGAUGAAGAUAGAGUGGUGGAUGAGCUGGAUGAAAAGAUGGUAGAAGGUGGUGUGAUUGUUGACUAUCAUGGCUGUGACCUAUUCCCUGAACGCUGGUUCCACAUGGUCUUUGUCCUCCGCACAGACAACACGCAGUUGUACACACGGCUAGAGAGCAGGGGCUACGCAGGAAAGAAGCUGCAGGACAACGUGCAGUGUGAGAUCUUCCAGACCAUCUACGAGGAGGCCAUGGAGGCCUACCGUGAGGAGAUUGUCCACCAGCUGCCCAGCAACACUCCAGAAGACCUAGAGCGCAACUUGGAGCAGAUAGUGCAGUGGACUGAGCAGUGGAUGAAGGACCAUAACUAGAAGCUGAACUCUGCCUGCUUGGGUCCACUAGGAGAACUGCCAACCAAAGUUAUUUGGACAAUUAAAAACGAUUGAAUUGUAGUUAUUUUCCAAUCUGCAUUUCUUUAACACUGGUGAUAUGUUCAAAGAUGUCCUUUUAAACACAGUACCAAACACCAGGACUUUCUGAUUACCCAUAGCAUGAUUUUUAACUAGUACAAACUAGUGUCACGUCAAAUCACUCAUAAACUGCUGCAUUCAUGUCAUUUUUUUAUAAAUAAAAAAUCACUGGGAAACCGCA